UCAGCGCUGAGCUGCAGCAGGGCUGCCAUCAUCAACAUGUCCAGCUCUGCGGGCUCCAUUGAGGAACUCUUCGUGUGGGAUUAUGGACAAGUCAUCUCCUACCGCUGCAGCAAGGCUGCUCUGAACAUGCUGACCAAGUGCCAGUCCCUGCGGUACCGGGAGCACGGCAUCCUCUGCGCUGCUCUCCACCCUGGCUGGGUGCAGACUGCCAUGGGGGGCCCACAGUCACAAAUGACAGUGGAUGAGAGUGUGCGAGGGAUGCUGAAGGUGCUCUCCUCCCUCUCGGAGAAGGAGACUGGGACUUUCCUGAACUGGGAAGGGAAAGUGGUGCCGUGGUGA